AUGGUCAAUCACUUGGUUGAUGAAUGGGGGCGUAUCAGCCGCACUGUGAUGCAGCGGCGACAUCCUCUGGACAUGGAAGCUCAGAGGAUGCUUGAUCAGCUGUCCCAAAUCCAAUCCAUGUCCAAGAAGUCGACGGCUAACGUGACAGGCCCUUCCAGAUCCCUUGUUUUCGGGGAUCGAAUCCCGGGAGUUCAAAUAGACCUCAACUACAUUAAGCAGCGUUUUCAAGAGGCAUGUAGCCGUAGAUUGCACGAAUUGCUGUACAUCGUCGUUCUUCAAUUCCAACUGCAAGAGCUUAGUGGCCUAUUCCUUGGUGAUACUGAAGGACCAACCAACGAUGACCGUAAGAUAAGAGACGCAAGUCUACAGUCAACCGAAACCACCUCGACUCAAAGCCAGGCGUGUUUACUUGA